CUGACUCGGGCUGCCAGCCGCUGCUGAACCUGACACUCUCCAGAAAGAGGCUGUCUCGCUCAAUAUUAGCUAACUUUAUAACAGCCUAAUGUCUUUCAUCAUGAUGAAGAAAAAGAAAUUCAAAUUUAAAGUAGAUUUCGAGUUGGAAGAACUGUCGUCUGUGCCAUUUGUGAACGGUGUUUUGUUUUGUAAAGUCAGGCUGACGGAUGGAGGCUUCACGGGGGAGUCAUCAAGGGAGCCGGUUCUAGCAAACUGUGUGCGGUGGAGGAAGAGGUUCUCCUUCUUGUGUAAGAUGAGUGCAAAUGCUGGAACUGGAGUUUUGGACCCGUGUGUGUGCAGAGUGUCGGUGAGAAAGGAGCUUAAAGGUGGCAAGACGUUUGCGAAGCUUGGCUUUACAGAUCUGAAUCUGGCUGAGUUCGCUGGUUCAGGCAGCACAACGCGGCGCUGCUUGCUAGAGGGCUACGACACCAAGCACAUGCGCCAGGACAACUCCAUACUCAAAGUGAUUAUCAGCAUGCAGCUGAUGUCAGGUGAUCCCUGCUUUAAAACGCCUGUAUCCACAGCAAGGACCGUUGGCAUCCCUGGCGAAUCUGAGAGUCUGGAUGAGGACAGAAGAGCCGAAGAAACAUCAAAAUCAGCUCAUGAGAAUUCAGGAAAGAACCGUUCUGGCACUGUUCUUGAGGACCUCUGUGGACGUGGUCACUCUAGAACCUCCAGCUAUGCCAGCCAGCAGUCAAAACUAUCAGGUUACAGCACAAGUCACUCAUGCUCCUCUAGCUUGACGGAGCUCUCUCACCGGCGGAAUGUGUCAGUGGGCAGUGCCUCAAUUGGGGUGGGCAGCCUACCAGAGGUCAACAAUGACAGAGAGCCCAUCCUUUCACAUCCCACUUCCUCUGCAGCCAGCGAUCCCCAGCAUCUCAAUUUACCUUGCACCAGCAACGACAGAGCCUACAGGCACUUAGUAAAACAAGAUUCAAUGGAAUCCCAGUUGAAAAGAAUGGACACUACCAGAGUAGAUGCAGAUGACAUUGUAGAGAAAAUCUUACAGAGCCAAGAUUUCAGCCACAGUAUACUGGACUCCAGUGCUGAAGAGGAAGGUCUGCGGCUGUUUGUCGGCCCCGGCGGCAGCACAGCGUUGGGCACACAACACACCAGGGUUGGCGCUGGUACCUUUGAGCAGGUGAUUAUUAAGCGCUAGGCAGAAUCUGAGCUGGACCCAGAUGAGGCAGUGUCCUGUUUAGGAAGAGAGUGAUGGGGAAAGUGGCAGAAGUUGUUUAACUUACCCAAUACAGGCAGCCACUACACAACACUGAAAACAAAUCCAGUGAAGCACUGCUCCCUCUAGUGGUCAACACGUUUUGGCCCACUGUUGACAAGCUCUAAGAGUGCUGCUGAUCUGCAGGAAUAUGUUUUAGAUAAUCCACCGUUUCCAGAUGUCAGGAAUUUAGCUUGGCCAAUAAAAAAAUGUUAUGAUGGUAUGGUAUUCCUACACAAAAAAGAAAAACUUUUUAUUCUUAAAUGUAAGAAUUUAACAUAACAUGAACAUCAUUUUUUAAAAUUAGUAUUCAUAGCAUUUCACUUCACGUCAAUUCUCUGAUAUCAAGUGGAUUAAAACCUAAAACAGCUUUCCAACCUUUACAGCUGGUCUGUAAUAUAGUUCAGAUGGAUUUAAAAUAGUUUAAUUUGAUUUGCAAGUUUGAUGGCAACAGUAAGGAGAAAGGAUGUUACUGUUUGACAUUUUUAUAAAGGCUUUGUUUAUGCUCUUUAUCUUUUAUGUGCAGUUCUACAUUAUGUCCUUGUUUUAAUUUACACUCUUUCUGCUAGUUUUCACAGCCUGUUUGACAAACGGUUUCAUUGUUUUGUUGAAUCUGAAAUGAUAAAAGCAAUGAAUGGGCCUUAUUCGCCAACUGUUCUUAAGAAAAAAAUUCUUAAAACUCAUGCAGUUUUCUUGACAAUUCUGACAUUCACCAGUGUUUUCUUAUGUGGGAUUUGUUCUUGAGUAAGAACAGAAUCUGCACACACUCAAGCACAAAGGUGUGAACAAAUCAAAUUAGAAAUUAAAGCUUGGGCACAACCAUGUUCUUUAGAACCAGGAAGGGGCAAUAAAAAUAUUUUCAACGUUUUUCAUAUCAGUAUUAGCAAUGCAUCCAUCCAUCCAUCCAUUUUCUAAGCCGCUUCUCCGUCAGGGUCGCGGGGGGAUGCUGGAGCCUAUCCCAGCAGUCAUCGGGCGGAAGGCAUAUUAGCAAUACAGAUCGAUUUAUUUACAGUAGCAUUUAUUAUAUCCCUAAAACCAAUUUUUCUGUCUUAUUACCAAACAGUCUUCAGAACUGAUUAUUCAGGGGGUUGAACAACCCAGUUAUAAUUACUGGGAGGGUUGUCUCACCUGGAAAUACUGUAUAUUAUUUGCUGUCACAGCUGCUCAUGUAAUUUUCUAAGAAAAUUUGCAACAUCAUGAUACCUAAAGAACUUUUCAUGAUACACAGUAUGUUUGGUGAGAUGAAACCGAAAAGGGCUGCUACAGUGUUACAGUGAAUUCACUUAAACUUUACUAAAAUAUGCCCUGUGAUGGACUGGCGGUCUGUCCAGGAUUUUCUGCCUUCUGCCUAAUGAGCACUGGGAUAGGCUCCAGCAAGUCCUGCACCCCAGAAAGAUAAAUGGCUUAGAUUGUGUGUGUGUGUGUGUGUGUGUUUGUGUGUGUGUGUGUGUGUGUGUGUGUGUGUGUGUGUGUGUGUGUGUGUGUGUGUGUUUGUGUACUAAAAUGCUCUCUUUGUAUUAAAAUAUGCAGUUGGUCAGUGGUUUUACUAACAGUAUUCACAAUGUGAAGUGAACUUUACAAAAGACAAUACCUUUCAGGUAUUUAACCUCCAAUCAAAAUGACCCUUGUGUUCUCAGCGAAAUGUAAAAAAGCAAAAGCUUUUAAAGUAAAUGGGCUUUCAGUUUUUCAAAUAAAUCUGCAUGUUCAGUCUUAGAAGUUGGUUGUAUUUUCUGCUUACCACAAUCCAAGUGAUCCCAAACGUAUUUCAGUAAUAAGUUCUUGCUAGCUUCACAUCCUUUCAGACCCAUAGCAUUGAGUUGUCUUCUCAAAGUAGAAGGAUGAAUAGAAACACAUUUUGAUAAAGAUUUUAAGAUGGAUAGGAAGAUGAAAGGUGAUGGGGCUUUGGUGGUCUACUAGGUCUUGCACGCUUACACAAGUCCCAUUUCCUGUUUAUUUUAAUAAUAAAAUGACCAGUUUUGA